AUGGCCGAGUUAGAUCCUGAGCUCUAUACUGUCGCAUGGCUCGCACCACUUGAGAUCGAGGCACAAGCUGCAUUGCAUAUGUUGGAUAAAAGGCACCAAGGUAGAUUUCCCAUGGGCCGCGGCGAUGACUAUGUGUUCCAAGCUGGUGAGAUGUGUGGACAUUAUGUCAUAGUUGCAACCUUUCCGGCAGGUCAAGAAUACGGCACGGGCUCCGCUGCCGUCCUCGCCAGUCAAGUCAAGAAGUUCUUCCCCAAGCUCUGGUUCGGCCUGUUGGUCGGCGUUGCCGCCGGCCUCCCCAAUCUCACGCAAAGUCCACCGCGCGAUAUCCGUCUAGGUGACGUUCUCGUCGGUCUCUCUACGGGUGAAAGUGCGGGCCUCAUAGCCUACGACUGGGGGAAAGAGACCGCAAAGGACGGGUUUCAACUGCUGCGCUUCGGACACGUAUUGGCCGACACAGAAACUGUUGUCCGAUCGGCGAUCGGUAGCAUUAAACUCAAAGCACUAAAGGAUGCAGAAGCGUUCUUGCCGUACUAUAAGACAAUUAAAUACAAAGAGCACUCCAGUGGCACGUUUGUUGACCUUGGACAAGAGCGAGAUAAGCUCUACCUAGUUGACAAUAGCGGGACCGAGCGACUAAUAGAACGGGAGAGGCGACCGGAUGAUAUGCGCACUCGACUGAGAGACAAGCACGGCAUCAUCGGUUUAGAGAUGGAGGCAGCUGGAACUAUAAACCGCAUUCCCGUCGGCGUCAUUCGGGGAGCCUGCGACUAUGGAGAUGAACAUAAGAAUAAGGAAUGGCAGCCAUACGCUGCGGCUAUAGCUGCUGCCUAUGCCAAGGUGCUCUUGUCUAAGAUUCCGCCGAGAACUAAGAAGCGUAGAUUCGACGUUAAAGAUCCUGCUUCAUUUAUGGAUAACAAACGCAAGAAGCACCGUGGCUGCGAAGAGGUUUCUGAGGCAUCUAGCAGCAAUGGACGACCGACACAGUCCAUCCCUCGAGGACAAGGCAUUCAACAGACAGUUCCAGACGAUCUAUGGGAAGAGUUCUUGGGAGACCUUUACGAAAGCAACCCCUGUACCGACAUGUGCCGCAUCGAGAACGAUAAGGGCAGCUUUCUAAAAGACUGCUUUUCUUGGAUUCUUGAGGAUCCUUAA